AUGGCUCGAGGAGCUACUCCCAGACGCUCGCCCGGCUCGGAGCAGGGCCACCACUACCCCAAGACCUCGCCUUCGUCGACCGGCUCUGUCAUGGCUUCGGGAGAGGCUGCCAGCCAGGCCGUGGGCGCCAGAGUCUCGUCGGCGUCUAAGGCCUCGUCGACCAGCAGAAGCAAUGCGGACAAGCAGCUCUCGCAGAUAGAAAAAAGCGUGACGCAUCUCCUGGUCGCGACGAAGCAGCUGCUCGAGAUGCUGACCCAGUGGUCGCGCAAGCAGGCCAAGGAGACCGAAGUCUCAGACGUCUACGUGCGCCUCGGGUACGAGUUCAACCUCGCCUGUCGCGCCUUCAGCGCCAUUGGCAUGGACACCGCGGACCUGGGACCCGUGCCGGACCUGCUACGCACCAUCCUCGAGGACACCCUCAGCCAGGAUGCCUCGCCGCAGAGCCUAGACCGAUACCUGCCCCGGAUCAGAGACAUCAUCAUCAACCUCCUCCACGGCCUCAAGAGGAAGCAGGCUAAGCUGCGGUCGAGACAGGCAAAGGAAGGGAAAGUCAUGCCGCCGCGUCAGGGGAGCUCUGGCAGCUUCGAGCUCGGUGACGGAGCCUCUCAACAACAACAACAAAGCCUAGAGCAUACCCCUUCUACCACCACGCAGUCACCCCAGAAACGGUCCAUAGGCAGCCAGCGUCAGGUUGGAGGGUCGUCCUACGAUGAAGACCAGGCCUCCGUCUCGUCGAGGACAAAGUCUCCAUCUCCCUGGCCAGGUGGUGACCGCAAUGCGGGAGGUGCCAGCUUCUCGGAGCGUGAAGCCAGCAGACAGGAGGCCCAACGGUCACUCGUCCAGUCCUCAGCCACUACUUCUUCUUCACUCUCCAGCUUCACAAUGCAGAACAUGCCCGUUGUGCCUCCACAUGGCGACUCAGACUUGCAGCACCACCAGCACCACCAAAAACGACCAGAGUCCCCUUCUUACAAUGCUCAUAACUUCCCCCACCCGCCGCCUCCCUUGCCUCCCACUUCCAAGCAAAACGACGCCAUAGGCAUGCUGCAGCGAAGCGGCGAGCUCGAAAGGAGAGCGUCUCGCAGGUUCUCUGCCUACCAGAUCCAGAAACACCUCGGCGGCUCUCCCAGCGGCAUCCCCGUCCUCCCUCCAGCCCAGAACUCUCCCAUCCCCAACCGCGGCCAGGAUGUCCGUGAGUCCAUGAACGCCGUCCGUCUACGAGGACCCCACCUGCAUGAACGCCAGAGAUCGAGGAACCGGGUCGCUGGCGCUGGCGCCGCCGCCGCUGCCGCAUCGUCGGACAAGACUGCAGCAUCACCAACCAGCCACGAUGCCGCAGCACUAAGUAAACUAGAUCCAAAUGCGGCUGAUUCUGUGGCGUCCAGUAGUAGCCCCUUAGCAAGGACGCCAACGGAUAAGCUUCGGUCCUCCCAAAGAGAGUUUGAUGCUCCUCCAGGUUCUUCGUUGCCGGGAGGAGGACUGCCACAGAUUGCAGAGCAGGAGUCGGCGGCAUCGAUUGAGCACAGCAGGAAGCCCGAUGGUGGCCAUGCUUCCUCCUCCAUACCUCGAAGCCACCUCGAUAAGCCGCUCCCGUCUCCCUCCACGCCACUGCAGUCUCACAGACCGGACUACACUCCUGAACACUCUCCGCCUCCAACCAAGGAUCUCACCCUGUUCCUGCAGUACAAGAGCAAAAUAAAAAAGUACGUUCUCCCCGAGGGAUACUCCGGCCUGACCAUAGCUCGCCUCCAGCUCGCCUUUAUCGAGAAAUUCGCUUGGAACACACAUAGCAACGGUGCAGACCUGCCCGAGAUAUAUAUACAAGAUCCCGUCUCCGGUAUCCGCCAUGAACUCGAAGACCUGCGGGAUGUCAAAGAUAGAUCUGUCCUUGUGCUUAAUGUUGAAGUCUUGGACGAAGUCAGAAAGCAUUUUGACGAGAGUGUUGGAGGCAUUCGGAGUGUUGUCGAGAGUGUCAGGGAUGUCAUCGACGGACAUGGAACCUCCAUCCAACGCCUCAUCGACCGCCAGCAGGAAACAUCAAAGGAGAUAUCACGCCUAGCCGCUGUUGGUCCCGGAGGCAUUUCUGGCGGCGCCCUCUCUGGCUCGAGACCGUCUGUUGUCGGCGCGGGAGGCAAGACCGCUGAGAUGCAGGGCCUGCGUGAAGACCUCGCCUCCCUUCGCCAGACCUACUCAGCCUUCUCGUCAGACAUCGCCUCAUCCAUGGCCAAUAUCCGAGCCAAAGCCAAACAGGUCAAGUCUGCAGCUGUAGACGCCGUUGUCCCAUCCUUCGAAGGUGGUUCCGGCGCCGGCCACGCUCGUGUCCAAGCAGGCAAGAAAGAGCUCGCUGACGAAUCCGAGAAACUGGUCGCUCGUGUGGAUGACCUGCAGGACUUGGUCGAAGACCUACGCAAGGAUGUCGUCACUCGUGGAGUUAGACCGCUACCACGCCAGCUCGAGGCCGUCGGUCGAGACAUCAGUGCCGUGACCAAGGAACUCAAGAAGAUGCAAGACUUCCUGAAACGCGAGAAGCCCAUCUGGACUAAGAUCUGGGAGAAGGAACUCCAGCUCGUCUGUGAAGAGCGAGACCAGUUGACCAUGCAGGAGGAUCUAGCCGUCGACCUGGAAGACGACCUCGAGAAGGCCACGCAGACUUUUGCCCUCGUUGAACAGGCUACCAAACAGCAGGCCCUUGAAAGUGUGGGAGCUAACCCCAACAACAUCGCGGUACGGAAUGUAUCUCGCACUCAUAACCCGAACAUCGACCCGGCCGAUGCAAAGGACAGCGUGCUAGGUGAAGUCCGUGCCUUGCAGCCCAACCACGAGUCGCGCCUGGAGGCCAUUGAGCGAGCCGAAAAGGCACGCCAGAGGGAGCUGGAGAGCCGGCGAGGAGGCGAGUUUCAAAAGGAACUGAGCAGUUUCGUAGGCGCCAAUAAGCUUAAGAAUACCGGCGGCUUUGAAGAGCUCGAACGUGUCCGCAAGGAAAAAGAAGAAAGCAUCCGAAGAGAGGUCUGGGAGCGCAUGCAGGGCCUCCUCCCAGCUGAGCCAGAGAUGCUACCCACCAACGGCGAAGACCAAGAAGAUGAGCACCUCGAAGCCAACUCUGCAGACGACCAGCCUACCUCGCCCGGCCGUGACACCGAAGAGGACAAAGAUGCGCCAGGCGCUAAUGCUGAUGCUGGCGGCAACCGUGACUCCACGGGCAAUCAGUCUGAUAGACGGUCCUCAGGCCAUCGAUCAUCCGAUACACCUGUUUCACCAGGAAAAAAGCGCUCGUCAUGGCUCACGGCCAUCUUCUCCUCCUAA